CUUAACCCGGCUUGUGCCAGUCGUCAACAGGCACACGACAGUGAGAAGGGCUCUAUCGCAGAGCCCGAUGACCAAAGAGUCUUCCUCGGGAUUCUUGUGUCGAUUCGACAGAGCUUCACCAAAGCUGCGAUGCAAAUUCUACGACAACAUCCUGAUGCUAGCGGCCUGAAUGCGCUGGACCUGCAGCAAAAUCACGAGGAGGUAUUCGAAGCUGUUAAGGCAUGGCUUAGCUUGCCAGGUAACACUAGGUGGCUUAUAGUAUACGAUAACUACGACGAUGCUCGACUGGCUAACCACGUAGAUGGCACGGGAAUCGACAUCAAUCACUUUCUUCCCGCGUCGUACUAAGGCUCGAUUCUUGUCACGACGUGGUUGUCACAGGUUGAUAUAGGUCAUCGU